GGGGUGUCCAAAAGGAUAGAGAGGCCAGCGCUCGUGGGAGGAGAGAGUGUGGGAGAGACACACACAUAGAGAGAGGAGAGAGGGAGUGUCACAUAGAGAGAGACAUAGAGAGACGUAGAGAGAGGGACAGCAGGGGGUAGAAAUCAUAGAACCAAUUACAUACCCGGGCUCGCGUUGACUUCUACCGACCAUAUCCUACAUUCCCCAGUCCCCACCGCACUGGGAGAGCUGGUUUUAGAAAGAGGAACAUUCCAUCCAAAUCACCAGGAGUUGAACCAUCUCCUCCCACUAGUUCUGAGAUCUUUGGCUGAAGGUCUCCAGAUAAGACCGUCCUCUCGCCUGGUGGGACCAGGGUCGACGGGCUCCUGAUCGCCAUGGACCCCAUCGUGGAGGUCGUGGCCCUGCUGCUGGGCUUCCUGGGCUGGGUCAUGGUGGGCAUCGCGCUGCCCAACCGCUACUGGAAGACCUCCACGGUCAACGGCAACGUCAUCACCACCUCCACCAUCUACGAGAACCUGUGGAUGUCCUGCGCCACCGACUCCACCGGCGUGCACGACUGCCGGGAGUUCCCCUCGCUGCUGGCGCUCAACGGCUACAUCCAGGCGUCGCGGGCCCUGAUGGUGGCCUCCAUCGUGCUGGGCGCCUUCGGCAUCGUGGCGGCGCUGGUGGGGGUCCAGUGCUCCAAGGCGGGCGGAGAGAACUACGUCCUGAAGGGGCGCAUCGCGGGGACGGCCGGGGUCAUGUUCCUCCUCCAAGGUCUGUGCACUAUGAUCUCCGUGUCGUGGUACGCCUUCAACAUCACCCAGGACUUCUUCAAUCCCAUCUACCCGGGGACAAAGUUUGAGAUCGGAGAGGGACUGUACAUCGGCUGGUGCUCGGCUGUCCUCGCCAUCGCCGGCGGCUCGUGUCUCACCUGCUCCUGCAAGAUGGGCACCGAGGAGAAAUACCCGCUGCCCUACCAGCCCAGAGGCACCGUGUACUCCGGCGUCGCACCGACUCGGAGCGUGGCCGCCAGCACGUACGGACGUAACGCGUACGUCUGACGUGGGACGUCACCUUCGACCGUCUGCUGCCAGAUGUUGAACAGAUCGCUGUGUGUCAGUGUUGUUCGGGUUUUGGGGGAUCACUGUAGGAAUUUGAAUUAUUUUUAAUUCGAGCUAACUCUUUUGUAACGCGAAAAUGUUGACACUUGUAAAUAAUGACUUCCUAACAAAAUGUACCAAAGUAAUUGAAUUAGGUAUACAUUUUUCUAUUUUCUAUUGUAUGCUUUUAAUGUGUUUAUAUAUUAGUGUGUUUCUCACCAUGAGAGCAAUACCAAACACAUUCGUUUUGACAAUUGGAAUAUUUCGACAAUCUUUUCAAAUGAAUUCUUUAGUGAUCUGUUGGCAUGUAAAUAUACACACAAAGAAAAUAGUUUCUGAAAAAAAAAUGUUUUGUACAGUUUUAUAAAAGAUCAAUUGUAGUGCAUUUUAUUUUCUGCAUAUUUUUUACAACUGCAAUGCAAUAAAAGAAAUACAUCCAU